AGGACGAACAGAUGGAUAGCAUAGGCAGACAUUUAUCUCUUUCUCACCACCCAUAUGGCGCCUAUAGGCUUUCCUUUGCAUAGUGGAAGGCCAUGGCCAUGAAGAAAAACCCAGAACGUGACGAAGGCCAAGAGCUUGAAAUACUAAAGGCAGUGGCACAGGCCUGGCAUGCUCACUCUGGCAGCAUCGAACCCGCGAAGGAGUUUGAUGCAUACAGAAGCAGCUUCAAGAGUAGGCCUACCCGUUUCAAGCUCGAAGCUAUGAACAGGCUUGGCAGUGGCAAUUGGGAUUUUGGGCAGUCACUGUGGGAUUCGUACGAGAUAGUAACCCUGUCAAAGAAGCUGGAGGCAGGGCUUGUGUUGGAUAAUUUGGAUUGGGACCAUGGAUCCCAAAAGUGGAGAAGUCAGGUUGGAAAGAAACGCAAGGAGAGUAAGAACAGUCUUAGAAACUUAUUCACUCAGAUGUCUUCGAAAAGAUUUAAUGUGCAGGUCCCCAAAGAAGAUGAUAUUCAAUUGUGAUUAUUUCCCGAUUUCCCAUUUAGUUGUAUUGAUUCUGAUUAUUACUAGCAUACCAAGUGCUUGUAC